AGCAUCCGUUGCCAUCCGGACCCUGGGUGUCCCAGGCAACUCGAGGGAUGGCUGAGUGCAGCGAGCAAACCCGUGGGAGCCAAAGCGCGGGGUUCCAGGCAGUUGGCAUCCAGCCGGAGCUCACCCACAUCCCUUCUCCCCUUUUCUGUCCGCAGCCAUGGCUCUGCGCUACCCCAUGGCCGUGGGCCUCAACAAGGGUCACAAGGUGACCAAGAACGUGGGCAAGCCGAGGCACAGCCGCCGCCGCGGGCGUCUCACCAAACAGACCAAGUUCGUGCGGGACAUGAUCCGGGAGGUGUGUGGCUCCGCCCCUUACGAGCGUCGCGCCAUGGAGCUGCUCAAGGUCUCCAAGGACAAGCGGGCCCUCAAGUUCAUCAAGAAAAGGGUGGGAACACACAUCCGCGCGAAGAGGAAGAGAGAGGAGCUGAGCAACGUCUUGGCCGCCAUGAGGAAAGCGGCAGCCAAGAAGGACUGAGCCCUUCCCCUCUGUUCACAAUAAAUCUUGCCAAAAAAAAAAAAAAAA